CAUAUUUAUAAUGGUUUAGCGGUAAUGGUAUAAUUGCCAUUGUAAAAGGUUUAUAUUUAUCUAGGGUAGAGAGCAGAUUAUAAAAAUAAUUUACAAUUUAGUUCUGCCCCCACAUGGAAGCCCUGGCGAAUUUCUUGGUACCUAUGGAUCAACUGGAGAGUGUAAUCCUUCAUUAUAACACAGGCCUCUGUACGAUUCAAAGGUACGAUUCAAGUUUCAUGCCUAAAAAGCGAAAUAUGAACCUGGUUCUGAAACCGAAAAUCGAGUUUUCUCAAAAUUUGGUAAUUUUCUUACAUUUUCACUUUCACAGGGAUACCGCGUUUUUGAUCUUAAAGAUAAUUGCGAUAAAGAUUCUAUGGUGAAACAAUAGCCACGGCUCUAGUUGUGGACUUAGGCCUUUUCACCGAUAUGGAGUGAUAUUUAUGGCUUUGGGCUAAUCAGUGUUGCAAGGCGUUUAGUGCCAA